UAUGAACAGAUGCAGUUGCAUGUUUUACUCAAUGACCCGAUAGAUUCAAAUACAAGUGGGGACCUUAAACAAUGCCACUUUAACCACGUUGGACCCUGAACAAAAAAGCAAAAACUACAAAGGUUUGUUGUUGUUGACUUGUUGGUUUUUUUUUUCUUAACGAAGGUUUGUUGGUGUGCAUGCAGUAAAUAUGGAUAAGAUGAACUCAACUGAAGCAGGUGUUGCAGGAAUGAUUCAACACAGAGCUUGUGCUCUUGUUGGAUUGCUUGGGAAUCCAAGUGAUGUUUACUUUGGGAAAACGAUCUCUUUUAGCCUUGGAAACUUCUGGGCUUCGGUUAAAUUGGAGCCUUCACAUCAUCUUGUCAUCAAGCCUCAUCCUACUCAUGAUCUUGUUCAGUUUAACUCUCUGGAUCACCUUAUUGAAUCUGACUAUUUUGGUUAUAUCAACAAUUCCAAGGUAUAUCAGUUGGAAAGUGUAGGUUAUUAUGGAGGUGUACGACCGCUUAUGGCAAUUUGUAAGGUCUUCGAUAAGCAUUGUAAGGAUAACAAUAUAAAUCUCCAACAGGGGAACUUCACUCUAUCGUAUGAUACCAAUAUCCCUCGCCAGGUGGAGCUCCAAAUAGCAAAUACAAGAAAUUUCAAUAUAUGGUUUACACUAGUGAUUUUUCAGACAGGACUUUCAGGGUCGAGUGCUAUCGGAUGUGCUGCCCUUAGCUGCCUUCUUGAUUUUUACAAGGUCAGACAUUUGAUUAAAGUACAAGUCAGACCCAACCUUACCCUUAGUGCAGAGGUAGAACUUGGAAUCGUUGCUGGCCUCCAAGAUAGGGUGGCACAGGUCUAUGGAGGCCUUGUCCACAUGGAUUUUAGCAAGGAAAACAUGGACAAGUUGGGACAUGGCAUCUACACCCCAAUGGAUAUUAGUCUUCUACCACCUCUCCAUGUCAUUUACGCUGAGAAUCCAAGUGAUUCUGGGAAGGUACAUAGCACUGUGCGACAGAGGUGGCUUAAUGGCGAUGAGUUUAUCAUAUCAUCGAUGACAGAAGUUGCAAACAUAGCAGAAGGGCAGAGUGUGAUACUUGAAAAGAAUUAUCCAAAGCUUGCAGAACUCAUGAAUCGUAAUUUUGACCUCCGAAGGCGCAUGUUUGGGGACGAGUGCCUAGGUGCUUUAAACAUAGAAAUGGUGGAGGUGGCUCGGAGAGUUGGUGCUGCUUCGAAAUUUACAGGCAGUGGAGGAGCUGUGGUUGUGUUCUGCCCUGAUGGGCCUUCACAAGUGAAACUUCUUGAAGAUGUAUGUCAAAAAGCUGGAUUUAUUAUCCAACCAAUACAGCUUGUUCCUUCAUGUCUAAAUAAUGUCGAUCUCAAGACCCUGUCAAACUAGGAGAUUUCUGUACCAUCUACAAAUGAAGAGCAUUACAGGCAUUGCUUGGGCAUUUAUUGAGCAAUUAUAGAAUUAAUGAUCAAUGGUUGUUAAUUGAUAGGUGGUUUUUCUUUAUUAUUCUAAAAUGCAUGAAUUUUAUUAUGGGAGUUCAAAGAACUAGAAGAAGCAAUCACUAAUGGUUAUUUCUAACUACCUUCUGCAUCUCAAGAGCU